CAGUCCCCCCUCGAUCCCCCCUCGGUCCCCUCCCUGUGACUCCCCUCCCGGUGCCCCCCACCCCCGGCAGCCGCGAUGCCCAACUUCUCUGGGAACUGGAAGAUGAAGAGCUCGGAAAACUUCGAGGAGCUGCUGAAGGCGCUGGGCGUGAACAUGAUGCUGCGGAAGAUCGCGGUGGCGGCGGCGGCGAAGCCGGCGGUGGAGAUCCGGCAGGACGGGGAGAGCUUCUACAUCCGCACCUCGACCCCCGUGCGCACCACCGAGAUCCGCUUCAGGGUGGGCGAGGAGUUCGAGGAGCAGACGGUGGACGGGCGGCCCUGCAAGAGCUUGGCCAGGUGGGAGAGCGAGAACAAGAUGGUUUGUGAGCAGCGGCUGCUCAAGGGCGACGGGCCCAAGACGGGCUGGUCCCGGGAGAUGACCAACGACGGGGAGCUCAUCCUGACCAUGACGGCCGAUGACGUUGUCUGCACCAGGGUCUACGUCCGGGAGUGACCCCCCCCCGCUCCGCUGCCCCCCCCCCCCCCCCCCACCCAGCCCCUCUGACCCACCCCGCGUC